AGGCUGGGAGGCCGUUGACAGUGCUCCGCCCUUUACUUUUAUCCCAGCGCAUUUCCGCUGGUCCAGAGAAUCACACGCUCUACCGUGGAAUGUACCACCGGAAGUGGGGGCCCACUGACUUGCCAGGAGAAGAUGGCGUCUGUGUGGGAUGAAGCGGAGCAAGAUGGAAUUGGGGAAGAAGUGCUCAAAAUGUCCACAGAGGAGAUUAUUCAACGGACCCGUCUGCUGGACAGUGAAAUCAAGAUCAUGAAAAGUGAAGUGUUACGUGUGACACAUGAACUACAGGCUAUGAAGGAUAAAAUCAAAGAGAACAGCGAGAAAAUUAAAGUGAACAAGACGCUGCCCUACCUUGUUUCCAACGUUAUCGAGCUGCUAGAUGUUGACCCCAAUGACCAAGAAGAAGAUGGUGCAAACAUUGACCUUGACUCUCAGAGAAAGGGCAAAUGUGCUGUGAUCAAAACCUCUACCCGACAGACCUAUUUCCUGCCAGUUAUUGGUUUGGUUGAUGCAGAGAAAUUGAAGCCGGGAGACCUGGUGGGAGUAAACAAAGAUUCCUAUCUGAUCUUAGAGACCCUGCCCAUCGAAUAUGAUUCCCGAGUGAAGACCAUGGAGGUGGAUGAGAGGCCCACAGAGCAAUACAGUGACAUUGGAGGACUGGACAAACAAAUCCAGGAACUGGUAGAGGCUAUUGUAUUGCCAAUGAACCAUAAAGAGAAAUUUGAGAAUUUGGGUAUUCAGCUUCCAAAGGGAGUAUUGAUGUAUGGACCCCCAGGUACUGGAAAAACCCUGCUAGCCCGUGCAUGUGCUGCCCAGACCAAGGCCACCUUUCUGAAAUUGGCUGGACCCCAGCUGGUACAAAUGUUCAUUGGGGAUGGAGCAAAGCUUGUCCGAGAUGCCUUUGCAUUGGCUAAAGAGAAAGCUCCCUCCAUUAUCUUCAUUGAUGAGCUGGAUGCUAUUGGAACCAAACGCUUUGACAGUGAGAAAGCAGGGGAUCGUGAAGUUCAGAGGACAAUGCUGGAGCUCUUGAACCAGCUGGAUGGAUUUCAGCCUAACACUCAAGUCAAGGUGAUUGCUGCCACAAAUAGGGUGGACAUCCUAGACCCUGCUUUGCUCCGCUCUGGUCGUCUGGACCGCAAGAUUGAAUUUCCAAUGCCGAAUGAGGAAGCUAGAGCCAGGAUCAUGCAGAUACAUUCCCGAAAAAUGAAUGUGAGCUCUGACGUGAACUAUGAGGAGCUAGCACGCUGUACCAAUGAUUUCAAUGGCGCCCAGUGUAAAGCUGUGUGUGUGGAAGCCGGAAUGAUCGCCCUCCGGGGUGGAGCCACUGAACUCACCCAUGAAGACUACAUGGAGGGCAUCCUGGAGGUUCAGGCCAAGAAGAAAGCCAAUUUGCAGUACUAUGCUUGACAGGGGUAGGGAGGCCCUUGGCCCUAAGCCUGGGAUCAACUCAUUUGUCUGACUUGCUGGUAAAAGUAGCAACAAUAAAAAGCGGUUGGGGUUGUUUUCCCCCUCAAAAAAACAAACAAAAAAAAAAAAAACAAAAUGUGGCAUCCAGAACUGAAUCCAGCAUUCCAAAUGUUGGCUGACUAAGUA